AUGGAAAUGGCUCAAAUUAGACAAGAAGAUAAUGAUAUGAUAGAACUCUACAAGGCAGCAGGAAAUGGGUGUAAAACCACGUUGGAUAGGUUGAUCCUUAAAGACCCACACUUGCUUAAUAAAAUUUCAUUGACUUCUUUGAGCGAAACUCCAUUACACAUAUCAGCUUUAGUUGGCCACCUUGAAUUUAGUAGAGCUCUUCUACUUCUAAAACGCCAACUAACUCGAGAGUUGUACUCCCACAGACGUUGCCCACUUCACUUGGCUUCUGCUGAAGGCCACACAGAGAUCGUCCAAGCAUUGUUAGAUGAAAAUAAAGAUGCAUGCUUGGUUAGUGAUCAAGAUGGUAGAAUUCCUCUCCACUAUGCAGCCAUGAGAGGACGAGUUGAAGUUGCAAGGAAGUUGAUCAUUGCCCAACCUAACUCAAUAACUCGAGUUGUGUUAGAUGGGGGAGAAACUGUUUUGCACUUAUGUGUCAAAUACAACCAAUUAGAUUCUUUGAAACUGUUGGUGGAAUUUGUGAGUGACGAAGCUGACUUUCUCAAUUCCAAAGACCACGAAGGUGGCAACACUGUCUUGCAUUUAGCUGUGAUGCUUCAGAGAAUAGAGAUAGUAAAAUAUUUGCUUUCUGUGUCUAAAGUGAUAGAAGGAGCAGAUGCCUUAAAUAAGAUGGGUCUUACAGCCUUAGAAGUCUUAAAUCACUAUCAAAAAGACUUCAAAAGCUUCACCAUUCAAAACUUCUUUAUGGAUGCCUGUGCCGUAAGAACAACGAAGAAAAAUAAUCUCUCACCAGCAUUAGAAAUUGUUGUCGGUCACCAUGAUUCAGCAAAACGAAAGAGGUCAAGCAAGAAAAGGUGGAACAAAUGGUUAAAGUACUUGAGGUACCAAGGUGAUUGGUUAGAAGAGACGCGAGGUGCACUAAUGGUGGUGGCUACUGUCAUCACAACUAUCACUUUCCAACCAGCAGUCAACCCUCUAGGCGGUGUUUUGCAACCAAAAGAAAACGGUAAUUUUGUUUGGGAAUUUAACGCAAAGUUAAUAUGUGAGGCUGGAAAUUCGAUGUUAGUAUGCAGCCCAAACAGAGACAGAAUGAAAGAGUACUUAAUCUUCAUGAUUUUCAACACCGUCUCUUUCACUGCAUCUUUGUGUGUCGUCUUUUUGCUUAUUAGUGGAUUUCCUCUUAAGAAUAAGGUUUGCAUGUGCCUCUUAACAUUUGCCAUCUGUACCUCUCUCAUAUUCUUAGCCUUUGCCUAUUUGUCUGCAUUCAGCCUGCUGAUCCCAUUUCCCUUUUUUAAGGGGUUUGCUUAUAACGCGACGUUGGUCAUAUCAUUUUGUGUUCAGCUUAGUUUGAUGGUUGUGGUUGGUGUGGUUCUUCUGAUUCACACAAUUCGCUUACUCGCCUGGUUGGUAGUGAAGAUACGAAAGUUCACCUUAUACAUACAAAGGCGCCAAUAAGUUAAACAGUUCGGAUUGGACAGACUCGAAUCUAAGACCGGAGACUGCAAUUGUAUUACUAGCUGAAAUUUUAAUCGUUUUCUGAAUUGGAAAGUGACAUGGCAGGUUAUAUAGUGCUCUACGGCAAUCAAUAUA